UGUAUUUCUCCAUACCUUCUACACAUCAGGGGAAUGAGGCUCUCUCCGGCUCCUGCUCUGGAUCCAAGUCUGGCUGGUAGUCUGGUUCUACUACAUCUAGCUGUGGUGGCGGUUGGGCUUGCCUUGCUCUCAUCUGCCUCUGUCUCUGCCUCUGGGCUGGAGUCUGUCAGAUGCAGGCUCCAAGGCACCCCUCGUCCUCCGGCGUUCUCCCAGGACGGGGACUUUGUCAUCGGGGGUGUUUUCUCCAUUCAUUACUAUAUGCACUCUGUGGAUCACAGCUACACCAGCCUGCCUGAGCCCCUGCAGUGCACAGGGAGUAUGGAUUCCCGUGAGUUGCGCUUCUCGCGAGCCAUGAUCUUCGCAGUUGAGGAGAUAAACAACAGUUCAUACCUUCUACCGGGUAUCAUGCUUGGUUAUCAAGUGCACGACUCCUGCAACUUGGUCCCUAUGGCCGUGAAAGUGGCCUUCCAGCUGGCUAACGGCCUGGACCCCAUGUUUGAUACCGGAGAACAGUGCUCAGGGUCGGCUACAGUGACAGCUAUCAUUGGCGAGUCUGCCUCCACGCCUACAAUCAGCAUGUUGCGCAUUAUUGGCCCUUUCGGCAUUCCUCAGGUGAGCCACUCUUCCACCUGUGCGUGUCUGAGUGAUAAGAAACAGUAUCCAACCUUCUUCAGAACCAUCCCCAGUGAUCAGUUCCAGGCUGCCGCUCUGGCCCACCUCAUCAGGCACUUCGGCUGGACCUGGAUUGGGGCGGUCCGUUCCGACUCUGACUACGGUAAUAACGGGAUGGCUGCUUUCCUGCAAGCAGCACAAGAGGAGGGUAUCUGUGUGGAGUAUUCUGAAGCCUUCUCCCUUACCAACCCACUCAGCAGAGUGCAACGGGUGGCCGACGUGAUCCGCAGCUCCACAGCCCGGGUGGUGGUUGCAUUUGUAUCCUCUUGGGACAUGAGAAUCCUGCUGAGGGAGAUGGAACGCCUGCCCUCUCCACCCCGCCAGUGGAUCGGGAGCGAGUCCUGGAUCACUGAACCAGAGAUGCUACGCUUCGGCCUGUGUGCCGGGGCCAUCGGAAUUGGCAUCCAACGCUCUGUCAUCCCCGGUCUCAGGGACUUUCUCCUGGACCUCUCCCCACAGAAGGUGUCCAACUCUCCCCUGCUCACUGAGUUCUGGGAAGCAGCCUUUGGCUGUAGGCUGGGUAUAGGUAUCUAUCUAUUUGUCCGUCCGUCCGUCGUCCAUCCGUCUUUCUGUCUGUCUGUCUCUCUUUCUCUCUGUCUGUCUGUCUCUCUGUCUCUCUGUCUCUCUGUCUCUCUCUCUUUCUGUCUAUCUGUAGGGACCUCAUCUACAGGGGUUGGGGUUGAGGAGAAGAUGUGUGAUGGCAGUGAGGAUAUACAGCAGCUAAAGACCCCCUACACAGAUACAUCCCAGCUGCGUGUCACUAACAUGGUGUAUAAAGCUGUUUAUGCCAUAGCACACGCCAUCCACAGCAUCGUUUGUGAAGAGAGAGAAAACUCCACUGUGAACUGUGACAAAAACCUUAAUGUGAAGCCAACACAGGUCCUGGAGAGAUUGAGGAGGGUGAACUUCUCUCGUAACGGGUACAAGGUGUCGUUCGAUGCCAACGGGGACCCAGUGGCCACCUAUGAGCUGGUCAACUGGCAGAUACAGGAGAGUGGGAAUAUGGAGUUUGUGACAGUGGGGCACUAUGAUGCGUCCCUGCCUCUUGACCAGAGGCUUGACAUCGAGAGGGAAAUCACCUGGGUAAAGAACAGUACACAAGUACCUGUGUCAGUGUGCAGUGAGAGCUGUCUCCCAGGCACUCGUAAGGCUAUACAGAAAGGAAAGCCUGUAUGCUGUUAUGACUGUAUCCAAUGUGCAGAGGGAGAAAUAAGUGAUAACACAGAUUCUUCAGACUGUCUGAUCUGUCCCGAAGAGUACUGGCCCAAUGCUGAGAGAGACCGCUGUAUCCUUAAGCCUGUGGAGUUCCUGUCCUUCCACGAGGUCCUCGGAAUCAUCCUGACCGCCUGCUCUGUGGGCGGGGCUCUACUGGCCAUCGCCACGGCAGCUGUCUUCUACCACCACCGAAAUUCUGCCAUCGUCAGGGCCAACAACUCUGAGCUGAGCUUCCUGCUGCUCUUCUCCUUGGCGCUGUGUUUUUUGUGUUCUCUUACUUUCAUUGGCCGGCCCUCUGAAUGGUCCUGUAUGCUGCGUCACACAGCGUUUGGGAUCACCUUCGUUCUCUGCAUCUCUUGUGUUCUGGGGAAAACAAUAGUGGUGUUGAUGGCCUUCAGGGCUACACUUCCAGCCAGUAAUGUCAUGAAAUGGUUUGGUCCUCAACAGCAGAGAUUGACUGUAGUUUCCUUCACGUUUGUCCAGGCUAUGAUAUGCACUCUGUGGUUGGUCCUGUCCCCUCCCUUCCCCAUUAAAAACCUUACUACCUACAAGGAAAAGAUCAUUUUAGAGUGUGAUGUGGGUUCAGCUAUUGGUUUCUGGGCUGUUUUGGGCUAUAUAGGACUCCUGUCUCUCUUGUGCUUUGUGCUGGCUUUUUUGGCUCGGAAGCUGCCGGAUAACUUCAACGAGGCCAAAUUCAUCACCUUCAGCAUGCUCAUAUUCUGUGCAGUCUGGAUCACCUUUAUCCCAGCUUAUUUCAGCUCUCCUGGGAAGUUGACUGUAGCUGUGGAGAUCUUUGCCAUCAUCACCUCUAGCUUUGGGUUGUUCUUUCUGUUAUUUGUUCCUAAAUGCUUUAUUAUUCUGUUCAGGCCAGAGAAGAACACCAAGAAACACCUUAUGGAGAAGGCAUCCAAUGAUAAACGUUAUUAAGGAAUGAUUGAGGUUAAAAAACAUUGUAACGUUCAGUUAUAUGGUUUAUUAUACAGUUAGGUAGGACUACUCUGACAGAGAUGACCAACAAUUUAGCAGGUAAUCAUUGGUAACAUUGUAACAUUGUAGGAACGUGACACAGGUUCACUUUAGAUAUUCCAAUGUUAUGAGAGAUUGUUCAAAUCUAGAGUGUUAAAAUCUGAUUUUACCUGCUAAAUUAUGUGAGUAGCAGUAGCCUACAGAGUGGAACCACUUCCAUGUUGUUUGGAGAAAAUCUUUAUUCCUGAAUGAAUUGAUAUAACAUUGAAGUGCAUGUGUUCAAUUGAUAUUGUAAUUCAUCAAUUUAUGUAUAAUAAUAUAAUAAACAUUUUCAUACACAGUUGAAGUUGGACGUUUACAUACACUUAGUUUAUAGUCAU